AAAGGUGCAUAUGGCGCAUUGAUGGAUGACGACGGCGCUGGGGACAGCUUUUGCGAAGAAGACAUCGAACAGAUCCUGGAACGUCGUACUCAGGUCAUCACGGUAGCGCAAGACUCAGGCUCGUCGUUCUCCAAAGCUAGCUUUGCCCACACGGAAAAUAGAUCCGAUAUAGACGUUGACGAUCCUGAUUUCUGGCAGAAGUGGGCUAGAAAAGCGGAGAUCGAUACCGAAAUAGAUAAGAAAGAACUUAUCAUGGACACACCGAGAAAGAGAACGCAGACACGCCGCUUUGGAAACGAUGAAUCCGUCAUGGACAUCUCCGAGCUUGAAACUUCUUCUGACAGUGAAGAUGGUGGUAUGACGACUCGACGUGGCCGCCCGUCGCGUCCGCGCAGAGGGCGACAUGGAGAUGAAGAAGACCCGUCUUACGGAAGCAAGUGGACCAAGAGUGAUUGCAUCGCCGUGGAAAAGAUGCUUCUCACAUGGGGAUGGGGUCGUUGGAAUGACGCAGUUACGAUGGGUGGCUUCCGCAGAAUAUGGACUGAAUCUGAUUUGGAAGACUGUUCUCGUUUGAUUGUACUCUACUGCCUGCAAGUGUAUCGUGGUGAUGACAAAAUCAAGGCUUUCAUCUGGGACCUUAUUGCACCUAAGACGGACGAUGCAAAUCCGAUUCGCGGGAACCACGUCGGCCUUUCGUCUCCGGUUCCUCGUGGGCGUAAGAGCAAGAAGAAAAAGGAUAAAGAUAGAGAAAAGGAUAAACCCUCGACGAGUGCGAUAAUGGGCGCUGAAUCCGGGGUCGCAGACUGGAGUCAAGACGAGCGCUACGAUGCGUCGUUCUACUUGGACGGUGCCUACAAGAGACACCUUAAUCGCCAAGCGAAUAAAGUUCUUCUGCGCAUCCGCCUGCUGUAUUACAUAAAACAGGAGAUCAUAGGACCUGCUCUGAACGAAAUUCAGCAAUUUUUGCCGGUCCAUGAGGUGCCGAUAUUCCCACCUCCGUGCGAUCUUCCCCCUGAGCCAUGGUGGGAUGCAGACUGUGACAAAUCGUUGAUCAUUGGAACUUACAAGCAUGGAUACGAGAAAUUUAUCGCUAUGCGUUUGGACCCCACACUGAUCUUCUUGUCCAAACUCGGUCCACCGGACACGAACGAGCUACUCGAGGAAAUGCGGAGCAGUGACGCGGCCUUGGACGAUGUUCCCGACGAGGAAGUCGAGCCUGAGCCGAGAGAUGAGGACGAUGACGAAAAAAGCAAGGAGGCGGAAACCCAGAACUCCGAAGUCGAAGUUGGGGCGUCAGAGACGAAAACGAAGCAGGUUAAAGAAGAAUCCUCUGGAUCUGCGGGGCUAGUUAUCAAGUGGCCUACGUCGGCAGACCUGAACACCCGUCUCCGUCGUCUGGUGACAUGCUACCAGCGCAACUACAAACGGGAAGAGCAGAAGAUAGCCGCAAGAGCUAAGCGCUUGGAAAAGCAGGGAAGGAUGGAAAAUCUUGUCCGAGAACGGGAAGCAAAACGCGUUGAACAACAGCGCCGCUGGACGAAACGAGAAGAAACGGAAUUCUUUCGUGUGCUGUCGUCUUUCGGUUUGGAGUAUGACAAGUCCAAGAACAAUUACGACUGGGACCGAUUUCGGCAUUUGGCCGGUUUGGAGCGCAAGACGGACGAGAUGAUGAAUGAGUAUCUCCGGGGUUUCCUGGCCAUGUGCAAGAGGGUAACUGGACAAAAGUUGACCGAAGAAGAAGAUUUGUUGCAAAUGACGAUUGAGCCAAUCGCAGAGGACCGAGCCAAGCGUCUGCUGAAUCGCUUAGAUCUGAUGAGCAAGUUGCGUGAAGACGUUCUGAGUCGUAAAGAUUUGCUGAGACGACUAAUAGAAUUGCCAUGUCCGUCUUCGCCUCUUCUUCCGUCGUGGUGGAUCCCAGCGAAGCACGACCGAGAUCUUCUAAUCGGGGUUGCGAGGUAUGGCUUCAGUCGCACUGAUUACUACAUUGUGACGGAUCCGACCCUGGCUUUCAAGGACGUUGUUCAACGUUACAUUACCGGCGAGUCGCUCGCUAACGACAAAGAAAAGCGAGCAUGGGAUAAACGUGCAGUAAAGAUAAAGCAGGAUGAAGACGUCGCGCUUGUGAAGAAAACUAUUGAAACCGAGAAGACGACGGAAAAGGAACCAAGUGAUGCAAAACUUGCCUCAGAGGACUCUUCGGCAAUAACUGCGGAAUUGAACCACAAAGAAACAGAAAAGCAAGUUGAGCAUCGCGUCGAAAAGCUCGAUUCUGAAGAUGUGACGAAGGAAACGGCUUCCGAAAACAAGCCGGAAACGCAAAGACAAACCGGAGAAUCUCUCAAAAGUCCGACGAAGUUGACCGAAUCUAUGGACGCUGACGUUGCUGCUGUGGAGCCUGAAGAUGAGGAAGGGGUAACCGUUCGCAAGACGGAAUUUGCCGAAACCGAGAAGGCAGUAGACGGAGAACGUGGGACGAACGUUGAAGAUCAGCAAGGGACCGAGGCGGAGAGAUUUUCUGAUGACGGAGACAAGGCAGUGUCUUUGAGAAAAGACGAGUCAUCACCUGACCAUGGUCCUCUUAGUGAAAUUCGUGCUACAAGCCAUAUCGAGAUUUCCAGUCAAUCCCCUCUGCAACAUUCCCCUGCUGAAGAUGAGGACGAUUGUCCUACCGUCUCCGCUGAUGAUUCGAAGCAAGUGGAGAAAACACCGAACGAUGCUCCGGAAGUCUCCGCAGAUGCCAUUACCGAGUUAGCUAGUGUUGACCAUUCGUGCGAAAAGGCAGAAAAAAUGGAAAUCUCGGAGGUGGAGGAGUGUCAGGAUAAUGAUGAAAAGAAAGUCAAGCUUGAAGACCCAAGUAAGGACGAGAAGGAGGUUUCCUUGUCAACGCCCGCUGUUCAUGCAAUAGAUGCCGAGAGUCCAAAAGCGGGGAAUAUUGUCGUGAAAGUCGAAGAUGAGGAAGACGACGAGGACGAGAAUGAAGCAGCGAAAGUAGAUCCUUCACUGUUCGGCGAUAAGGAAGCCAUAAAGCGUCAUCCCAUUUUGAAGUUCAUGAAAAGAGAGUUGACUCCUGAAGUAAUCUUGAGUGCCAUCGUGCAGCCACCGGAUCUGCCGCCGGGUUUGCGCCCGAAAAGCUUCAUUUCACCCUACUCAAAGUUCAUGGAUUACCGCGAUGGACCCGCAAUUCAGGAGUUUCCGUCCGACAGUCCUAUGGCCCACUUGCUCUCGCAAUCGUACGCCAAUCCGAUCUGUUGGCCGAGGGACCGUGUCACGUUGUGGCGAGUGGAGGCUCUGAUGGAGGCCUUGGAGAUCGGCAAAUGGCCGACAUGGAAACCUGACCCACUACUCACGGAUGAUGUUAUCGUCGGGGGACAACGCGUGUCAACACCAGACAGUAUCACGGGCUUGCCCUCUGUGCCGAUGCCCGUGAACCACGACAGCGCUUUUACUAAUUCGAUGUUCGAAUCCUCCCCUGCGCAUUCGCCGUCGCUGACGCCGAGAAUCGAUGCGAGCUUGAUUCACGGUGGAUCGCCCAUUUCAAUAACUCCGAUUUCUGCCGCGUCGUCGAGCGCCUCCCAUUACUUCCUGGGCCAAGGAACAAGUUAUUCUGAUCAAACUCGCGGAAAUUUGACGCAGUCUCAGUUGACGCAAGCGUUGCGCGGCGUCACAGCUGGAGGACGCGCAUCGCCGAGUUUACAACUUCUGGCGCAGUCCGGGAGCAGCAGCAGCAGCAACAACAAAUACGCUGGUUACGCGUUGUCGGCGGAUGCGAAACGUGCCGCAUUGUUGGAAGCCGAAACCGAGCGGUUAAAACUGAACGCAUUCCUGCAAAUGCAUACUUUACCACCGUCAUUAUCUUUGACUUUGUCAAAGCCACAACGAGACGCGACUGAGGACAUGACGUCGGUGUUGUCGAAUGCCUUGCGUCGAGGUACGAGCUCCGUCGAUUUGGCUGUUGCGGCGAGCGGAUUAAUGAAGGCGCCGCCACCACCAGCGCACCAGUCCCGUAGUCAGAGCAACCUUAGUAGCAGUCGCAGUAGUACGCAGCGCAGGACUGUCAGCGCGUCGCCUCUGCAAUUGCCAGGAUUCGACGCCAGUUCGGGAUCCAUGGAUUUGACCAAAUGGUCCUCUGCAUCCAAGUCCCCGUCGCCGGCGAGUUCCACGAGCGUCGGUCAAGUGCUUGGGAGCGCAGCCCCCUCGUCUCCCAUGGAUCUUUCAGGGCCGUCGAAAUCACAAGCUGAGGAAGGUGGCGACAACAAUCUUCUUCUAGAUUUGCAAGCUCGAUCGAAGAAAACUGGGUCGCAAUCCGGAGGGCUUUCCUCUUUGGAACUCACACUGAGCAAAAUCAAAAAACGAAAGAUGGAGGCUACCGAACUCCAAGCGAACAAGCGCAAAAAGCUCGAUAAUAUUGUGAAGGGCUUGUCCGCUGCACGAUCCGGGGGCGAAGCCGCCUCCAACUUCUCCUUAUUUUCUGGCGCUGGAGACUCUUCGAAAACGGAGGAAGUCGAGCUGACUCGGAAAAAGAACGACGAGCCGCGCGCUGCUCUCAGCUUGACGGAUACCUCGGAAGCCUGGAAUGCAUCGCUGAAGCAAAAGCCAAGCGAGCCAAGCACCAGCAGUCGCAAAGAUUCUAAAGAUAAGCGCCUACCACACUUCGGCCGCGCUAAUAUCACCAUCACCCCGAUUCCACCGAAGGCAUCAACUUCCACAUCGUCCGCCGCUUCUGCGACCACGCAAUCGAGUGCUUAUUUCCAGCACAGACAGGAUUCGAAAGAGUCAAAAGUACAUCGGUGGCUGGAGCAGAUGGGCACGUCACCGUGGGAUAUGCAGAAAAUCGCGAAGUCCGUUGCUUCGAGUUGUAAUUCUCUGUCGCAAAAGCAGCCGCAUGGUUCAGCCUUGAGGCAGAGGUUGAAUGCCAGCCCUACUCGCCCUGCCACAAGCUCUGGGACAACUGCGUCUUCAUCCAAUGCGGGCACGACGUCAACGUCUUUUGAUUGGAAUAAGAUGUCCGGUGAAGAGAAUGUCCCAGUUUUGCAUCGUAUCACGGGCAAGAAGCUUGUGGGCCAGAAGGCGCCGCAACUGAAGCAUCUGGCGCGAUGGUUGUUGGAGAAUCCGUCCUACGACGUGGACCCGAAGUGGGCGGAGGCGAUGAAGUCCAAAGGGACGCUGCCUGAGAGCCUGGCUAAGCAGUUAUCGAAGGAGACGGAUCUGACGCAAGCCCUAUUGGGACAGGCUGCAGUGGCAUUUCCAGGCCUGUUCGGUAUGGACACUACUUCCAAGAACGUCGCCGCUGCAGCAGCCGCGCAGCAGCUCAACUUCCCACUUGGUAUGGCUGCUGCCGCCGCAGCCGGGAUGAACCCACUUGCGCUCAGCAACCCACUUUUCGCAAACCUGGCGUCCUUCGGCAUGACAGGCAUGUUCGGUGCAGGGGACAUGCCGUACUCAGCGUUUUCGGCCACCGAUAUGGCUGCCAUGGCUGCCGCUGCAGGGCUCACGGUCCCUGGGUUAACACCUACUCCACAGCCUGCAUCGAAAGAUAAAGGUUCGGCAGAUCGACGCUCAAGAUCUACGAGUCGUAGCGGCCGUUCGGGAGGAAUAAGCUCGUCAAGUUCUUCGAUGAGUCGACAAGACAGCAAGCAGGCAGCUGCCGCGGCUGCGGCAUUGUCACAAUCGACUGCCGCCUUCCCGUACCUGUUUCCAAACCCUGCGGCUUUCAUGUAUCCGCCCUUGAACAUCGGUAGUUUGGCUGGUUUUCCUGGACUCAGUUCCGCGACUACAACAGGUACUGCGUCCACGUCAAACUCGUACGCUUCCUCGAUGACGAGCGAUAUGAAGUCGGUCAGUUCAGCACCGACGUCGCUCGUGUCGUCUGGGCUCACCGCGGCGUCUUUGGCAGGAUUUCCGCCUGGUUUCGCCGAAGCUUUUGCGUCACAGCAACAAGCAACGACCUCGCGGUCGGUGUCUGGGUCGCGUCGUUCGAAGACGACUCACGAGACGCCAGUGAAAACGUCAGCUGGACACUCAAGUCGGACAGAAGGCAGUCUGGGGCAGUCCACCUCCUCGGGUAGUUCUCCAGCGAGCGCCGCAUCCCCAGGCUCUUCGGCGCCUCGUGUCGGGACCGUGUCACCCGCGGACUCCGCAGCUCGCCAUCACAGUUCUCACAAGACCAGAGACCACCACCACGGCGGCAGCAACAACAGCGGUGCGGGUGUUGGCGGCGGCGGAUCAUCGCGAUCCCGCUCUCACUCCGGGAAGCCGGCAGCCGAAGUAGUCAAGAAGCCGAGCCCAUCACCGGUCUCCGCCGAAGUGCAGAAAACCGAUACGGUGGAGACGGAAAAUCUGCAAGGCCCCGAAGUAGAAGAUGGCGACGCCAGUUCGCGCGGGUCAGGUGAGAAGAAACGCGAGUUGCGAUCGUCGACGUCCGCGCAGUCGGCGGCGGUUGCGCCACCGCCGAGUCGUCGGUCGCGACGACCUUCGAAGCCCAAGGACCGUGGGCAAUCAACCCGGCCAAAACCCGGGGAUGGGAAAUUGGAUAAGAUGGAUGAAGCUGGAGAAGAGGAAUCGGCAAUGGCCGUACCGUUAGACACUCCCGAACCCGAGGCAGUCAUAGAAUCCAUCGCGACCCCGGUUCAACUUGUUGCGGAGGUCGAAGAACCACCGCAGCAACUGCUUGGAGAUGAACUCGUUGACGCGGAGCGUGAGGCGAAAGACAGUUCUGGGUCCCACCGCCGGAAGCGCGAGCGCGAACCUGAGCCCAAACUGAGAUCCUCAUCCCGCACUGCCGCGGCCGUAGCGAACGUGAAAAUGUCCUCCCUGGUGGACACUCGUUGCGGCCUGGGUUCUGGUUCGAAAGCAGGAUCUGGUGAGGACGUGAGGAAAACGGACGGCGGGAAACUGACGGGUCGCAAAGGACACCCGUCAUCCGGCGAGGACGAGUCUGUGGGCUCACCGAAGACGAAGCGCCCCAGGACGGGCGAAGAAUCACCGCCCUAAACAUUCUUCGAAUCGGUGACGUGAAAGAAUAGCUUAAAUCUGUCUCCUUGUGGUUAAGGACGCGCUUGCCGUGCAGCGAUCCGAUCUUCUUUUUUUUUAUAUGUGUUGGUGGGUAGGGGAUUGGAAAUGACGAACUGAUCAGUAGAAAAAUCGCCGCACGAUUCGAUAACUUGAGUAAAGUAACAUAGUUGACGCUUGAAAGGAAAAGAAAAACUACAGGAAAAGCGAUGACCGCCUUGGACAUGCGAUGAUGAAAAUUAUAUACGGAGAUUUUGAAAUGGUGGAGACGAAAUGGGAAGGAAUUCCUUCCGAACGGAGGGGAAUUCCGCGGAGGUUGCUAAUCGCUUCGCUGAUUCUCGCCUGUAUUUAGCAUUGGCGUGAUCUAUUCGUCUAUUUUGGUGUAAUUUUUGGUGUCCCUAAUAUUUUUGAAGUGUGGCUGGCGCAAAAAUUAUAUUCGGGAUGUUUUUUCUUCCUCGGUUUUCCUGCGCUGGGGAUGUGUUUCGCAUUUUCCGACAGCAUGGAAAUCGUGGAUCAUUAGUGUUAAAGACUUCUGCGUGUGUUCGUGUUGCUGCGUUGGUUGGCUGGUUGAUUGAUUAAUUGGUUUGUUCGCUCCUCUUGGUCGUGUUUUUGUGGGUGCACUGAGUCCAAGUUGUUGGUAAAGCUUGCGUUGUGGUGGUGGUGUUCGGUGGUGAUGAUGCUACGCAAUGACUUGGUAGAAGGUUGAAGGGUGACGAAAGGAAUGGAGAAAGUGUAAGAGCGAAUUGGAGUAGUGAUCAGGCGGUGAUGAAGAAGAAACGGAGAAGGUGGGGAGGGUCAAGGAUUCAAGGGCUGCUGAUUUUUUUGGUUGAGACUUGGAUUUUUUUUCUUUUAUUCAUGAACGUUCCGUGUGUUCCGCGUUGUUCCUUGCGUAGCGUUGGUCCGAAACGGGAGAAUAGCGAGAACCGACUUGAUUCGCAUACCCCCUGUUACUUUUGGUUCGGUAUUAUCCUAGCGCGGUUGAGUUCCUGGCGUGUGCGGGAACGUGCAGAAGGGAUCUUUGUGUCAUUGAUUCGAAGGCUUUUCACUUUUCUCGACUACGUUGGAUUUUUUGUGAUAAUGUAUUUUAAGCGCAACGCAAAUUUUGAUCGAAGGAUUCGCUCCCCGUGUUGAGUAUUUUUAUUUUAGUCCUUUCCCUCGCGGCGCGACGAAGUGGAUUGACAGUCGGAUUCCGCGGCUGGCCGGUGCGCCGGCUGCCGACGGGGGCGCAGUUGCUAGGACUAGAUUGGUGGCUUUUUUUUUAUUCCAGCUGUAAAUGCGUUGUUGAUACGAGCUUUGUGCGACUGCGAAUUCGCUAGAAUCUUACGAUUUGUCUGCAGUGAAUCUUCCCCGUCUGGUACGGACGAUAUGUGUCCGCUUCUUGUUGUUUUUGAUGGACACUGCCGUCGCCGGGGCGGUUUUUUUUUAUUUCCCCCCUCCUCACUCCGCAACGCGAGAAAUGUGUUUCUCUGGGUUCUGGUCUAGACACGCAAACGGAAGGUCGUCUUCACGACUGCUGGGGAACGCGAGGAGGGAGCGACAUCCGGACUUGUUCAAACUCGAAUUAUUCGACGAUGUUGGCAUCUCUUGUUCCGCGCGGCCGCGUUCGAGACCUUCUGCUUCGUUCAGUUGCUUGAUCAAAUCGUGUUGUUAGCUCCAUGCGUGCACCCGAUUGUAUGAAUAGCUUGGGGUGUCUCAAUAAACUUAAAUUUAUGGAUUUCGAAA